AUGACUUUGUUGUUAUUCAGCUUUUCAUUCUCCUUGAUGACUAUUAUUUCUACCGCUAUGGCAAUGUCUACCUCAAUGGCUUCGUCAACAGCUUUUUAUGAAAUGCCACUGGCCCAGAGUCUAACAUUUAAUCAAAAAGUAGCUAUUAGUUACAUGGCUAUCAUCGAUGUUAUUAUCAUCUCUUCCAACAUCUACAGCAGCUACCAAUACUGGAUGGAAUUACAAAAUUCUGUGGGACAAGAAGAAGUCACCAAUACUUGCUUAAUAACUAGAAAGAUUAGCAGGCAAUGUUUAAUAGCAGGAUGUAUCGGUUUGAUACAUUAUUAUUUAAAUUUAAUUUUUGGCAGGCAGCUAUCCAAUACCUAUCUUGGUACCAAUAUGUUAGUUUUAGGUAAUAUCGGGAUAAUCUGCCAGCGCAGCUGUAAUUUAUCGUUUACGGCUAUCGUUUCCUUUAUAUUUGGUUGUCAACAAGCUAGAAAUUCAUCUGAAAAAUUAAUAAUAAAUUAUUUAAUUGCUACCUCAGUAGGAUUGUUUAUAUCUGUUACUAUUAUUAUGAUCAAGUCUAAUAUUCUUCAAACACCUCCAAUAGAGAUUGAAGCAAUUCGAAAACGUAGAGGCUAA